AGUGUCGGGCUGCAUCAUGGCUUACUGCCGGCAGGAAGGGAAGGAUCGAAUCAUAUUUGUGACCAAAGAAGACCACGAGACUCCAAGCAACGUAGAGCUGGUGGCCGACGACCCCAAUGAUCCGUACGAGGAGCAUGGACUGAUCCUGCCAAAUGGAGACAUCAACUGGAACUGCCCAUGCCUUGGGGGGAUGGCCAGUGGCCAGUGCGGGGAACAGUUCAAAGCGGCCUUUUCCUGCUUCCACUACAGAAAGGAGGAUGUCAAGGGGUCAGACUGUGUGGACCAGUUCCGGGCCAUGCAGGAGUGCAUGCAGAAGUACCCAGACCUCUACCCCCAGGAAGGGGAGGAGGAGGAGGAAGAGAAGCCAGCAGAUCCCUUACAGGAAGCAGCUGCCUCCGAGGCCACUGCAACCAAAGAGGCGGCGCGUCGAGCUAAUGAUGGCCGGGGCACUGGGCUCCAGCCGCCUUCAGAGCCCAGGCGAACCUCUCCAAGAAAGUGUCUUUUCCCUCCGUUGUUCUGUGCACUGUAA